GAUGACUCGAUCCAACCAGACUCGAAACGAAAGCAAGAGGGAGAAGAACAAACUCCGAAACAGUCGGGAGAAUUCGACGAUCUCAUCUCCACCCUCCCACUAGAUGAAGGAUUGGUUCCCAUCCGCCUCCGCCAAUACCAAGGCGUCUGGAUCCCUGAAUACUUCCUCGGGGGCAUCAUCGCCGUCCGGCAACGCUUCACGGCCCGCCCUGAUGAUCUCCUCCUCGUGAGCUACCCCAAGUCCGGAACCACCUGGCUAAAGGCCCUGGCCUUCGCCAUCAUGACUCGAAUCCAACACCCUUUGGCUCACCACCCGCUCCUGAGCCUCAACCCCCAUCAGUGCGUGGAGUACCUGGACAGCCUCUUCUUUGAUGGCCAGCAAUCCAUGGUUGAAGCCCUGCCCUCUCCUCGGAUUUUCAGCUCCCACACGACUUACUCUCUGCUAUCGGACUCGAUCAAGGGUUCCGGCUGCCGCAUCAUAUACAUCUGCCGAGACCCUAAGGAUGUGAUCGUCUCCCGGUGGCAUUUCAAUGCGAAGAUGAGCUCAAAGGCGGCCAAGGAGCCGAUUCCCUUGACGAAGACCUUCGAGAUGUUCUGCGAGGGCGUUUGCCCGUUUGGGCUGAUAUGGGACCACGCUCUCGGGUACUGGAAGGAGAGCUUGAGAAGGCCCGACAAGGUGCUGUUCUUGAAGUACGAGGAGCUGAUGGAAGAGCCGGUGGCAAAGGUGAAAAGAAUGGCGGAGUUCAUGGGAUGUCCAUUCUCCCCGGACGAAGAGAAGGAAGGGAUGGUGGAGGAGGUCAUAAGGUUGUGUAGCUUUGAGAAGCUCAGCAACCUAGAGAUAAAUACUACUGGUGUAAUGAACUCCAUAGUCCCGACAGCUCCUCCAACAUUUGCGUUUUUUUUUAGGAAAGGGAAGGUGGGGGAUUGGAAGAGCCAUCUGAGUCCGGAGAUGGCGCAGAGGCUGGACGAAAUCACCCAAGAGAAGCUAGAAGGAUCCGGUCUGACCCUUGGAAGAACAUGCUUGAAAGCUGCUGCGAAGGAGGAGAAUCCAGUUCACCAAGUGUAGUAGCAUGCUUUAAUUUUCUGAGAAAGAUCAUGAAUUAAAUGUGCGUUCAGAGUGUGAUUUAGCUUAUUUUAUCCUUUUCUAAAGACCAUGAGAAGGAUCCGCUCUGACUGCUGGGAGAACCUGCUUGGAAGAUGCUGCAAAGGAAGGGAAUCCGGUUCAGCUUUUGUGAGAAAUAUCAUGAAUUAAAUGUGCCUCAAAGUGUGAUUCACCUUCUUUUAUCCUUUUCUAAAUAAACUGGGCGAAGGUAUUCUUUCCUCCGCUUGCAUCAUAAAGAGAGAGUGUGAUUUAACUCUCUUUA